AUGUUAAGAAAUAUGAUGAAUUAUGGAUCCUCAAAACCAUGGCAUGAAAUCGUUAAGGAAUUUUCAUCGGAUCGGCAAACAAAAUUGGAUGCAACUGCUUUGUUGGAUUACUACGCACCUCUGGCUGAUUGGUUAACGGAAAAUAAUGAAUUGAAAAAUAUUACUGUAGGGUGGCAGCAGAUCGAUUAUUAUGAGCGAAUUGCCCAUGAUGAUGAUAAGCGAAUUGCCCAUGCUCCGACGGAAGACAAGGAUGAACAGGCCAAAGACAUUUUUUACGAGCGCCUAGAGACUGUCUUGGCAUUCCUGACCCUCUGUUUCCUGGCCUCCGCCCAAGCUGAGUUUAAAGGCAAUUGUUUCAAUGAAACAUGUGCCCGUUGGCUAAUGAAAGAUAUGAACGCUGUGUAUUGGGAAAGUGCCACAGCUUAUCGUCAAUUUUCCGAUGAUGUAUUGAGUCCGGAAAUUUUAAUGCGUGAAAAAUUGCGACCCUUUUACGAGACCAUGAAACAAUUCAAUUGGCAACAUUUUCAAGAUCCUUUGCUGCGUCGGCAAUUUGAUGUGUUGUUACGUGGUGAAAAAUAUCCUCCCAUGAAUUAUGACUUCAAACGGGCCACCAAUACCCUCAAAUCCAUGGCUAGACAAAAAUUUGUGUGCAAUCGUAAUAAAAUGAAUGCAUUCCCCGGUCGUCGGUGUUCCGAUAUGGCCUUUGUGCAUCAUAUCAAAUCGAUUAUCACGAACAGUGAUGAUUUGGAAGAGAUCGAAUGGUAUUGGGCUGAAUGGCGCAAUCGCAUACCGACACAGGUGAAAGAUGCUCUCCACUAUUACGUGCACUAUUAUCAGAAUAUGUCAACACCGGAAAUGCCUGCCUCCGCCAUUUGGUAUGAUCAAUAUGAAGAUGGGAAUUUCAUUGAGGAAUUGGAAGAGUUGAUGGAAACGAUACAGCCAUUCUAUCGUGAAAUGCAUGCCCAUUUGAAGCAUGCCCUGCGUGUCAGAUAUGGUGAUGAUAUUAUCCCGGAAAGCGGUCUUAUACCGCAUCAUUUAAUGGAACAGGCCAUGUAUCAAGCGUGGAAGAAACAGAGUGUUCUACGCAAUCCCUUCCCACAACGUAAGCUGCCGAAUGUCCAACAGGAGAUGGAUGAAUUGGAAUGGUUCCCCUUCGAUUUGGUCAAUAUCAGUUGCCGAUUCUUUGGCUCAAUGGGUUUUGAUAAUUUAACCGAAGACUUCAUGCGCGACAAUUUCAUUGAAAUGGAACCCUCUGAAGGUGGCCCCGAUUGUAAGUCUCGCAUUUUCACCUAUGGCGAAAUUGAAUUGAACUACUGUCCCAAAGUGUACUAUAAAAAAUUACUACAGACCCAUGGCGAUGUUACACACAUUCAAUAUGCACUUUUGAAGAAUAGCUAUCCUGUGGGUUUGAAUAUGGAAGCUGCUCCUGGUUUUGGUAAUGCCAUGGGUGAGGCUAUCAUCCUAUCGGUGUCAACACCGAAACAUUUACAACAAAAUUUGGGCCUAUUGACGAAUGUCGAUUAUGAUGAUAUUUUGAAUCUGAAUCGUUUAUAUCGAAUGGCAGUUCACACUAUCCUGACCAUACCCAUGUAUUUUGUCCACGAAAAAUUAUGGAUUGAUAUGAUCGAUAAUAGAAUUUCGCCCGAACAAUAUAAUUGCCACUAUUGGAAUCUAAUGGCCAAGUAUAUGGGUGUGGGACCCACCACCAAGACUGCGGAGGGUGCCUAUGAUAUGCCCUAUAAAUUCUAUGAAGGAAUUGUGGAUCAAACAAGAAGUACCAGGAAACUUUUUGGUGAAUUUUUGGGUUAUCAAAUCUAUCGCGCCGUCUGUAUGGAAAUUGGUGAAUUCCAGCGUGGCAAUGCCUAUAAAGUUCUAAACAAUUGCGAUUUUGCCAAUAACAAACAAGCUGGUAACCUCUUAAAACAAAUGAUGUCGGCCGGCUCAACAAAAUCCUGGCGUAAAAUCAUUAAGCCCUUGACCAUACGAAAUAUUGAAAAGAUUUCGGCCGUUGCCUUCUUGGAAUACUUUGAACCCCUCAACACUUGGGUAACCGAACAUAAUAUUGAGCAAAAUAUUCAUGUGGGCUGGAAAUAUGAUGAUAGUAUGACCUUGAUAUCCUGA